AUGAUUGAGAUGAACCAGGAAGUGACCGCCGUUCAUGUCGAAAUAAUUUGCUACUUUCUGUUUGAUGUUCCGUAUUUUGCAAUACGGAAAGUUGACUUCAUCCAAAAACAAACAACUAUCACUUUUUAAGAAUAUAUCAGAUUGAACAAGUAUUCACCAGUUAAUUAAGUGUCUUGUACAGACAAGGUUGUAAGAAGACAUGGCUGGUUUUGUUGUGGUUGGAGGGGAUGACAUUAGGGGAUUUGAAUCGAGUCAGAGUGAUUUUGGAAGCUUGCAGAUAACAGACGUUGAUGAAAGACAGAAUGAAAUAACAAAGACACACUGGAUUAAAAAUGAGCUGCGUCCUUUAUGUGCAAGGAAAAAUUGCGGCAAGAAAUUUAACAUGGUUCUUGAGAGACCUCACCAUUGUCGCAAAUGCGGAGAUGUAUUCUGCAAGGACUGUCUACAUUACAAACGCAAACUGAACCUACUGGCAAAUUAUGAUCUUGAGGGAAAGUCUUACAAAGUGUGCCAGGCCUGUUUCGAGGCAGGUCAGCACACAGAGGGCGUGACAAGACGUUUGACAGAGGAGUUCACAGCAUGGAGAAAAUGUAGACAGACAAGCAACCAACAGAAGUCCAAUGGCUGCAAACCUGCAUCUAGGUUCUGGAGAGAUAGAGUGGAUCUUGCAACAGAAUGUGAGCGGCUGCGACUCGGGUUCCAUAAGUCUAUAGUCACCUCUGAAGUGGGGCGAACUUUAUCAGAAAUGAAGAACAUGCUUGUCACACCUGAUUGGCAGAAAUCCUCUGUCUGGCUUCAAGAAACCAUGGCAGAGAAUUGUCAAGGAUGUAGCGAGGGUUUCGGUUUCCUGCGAAAGAAGUACAGCUGUAAACUGUGCGGGCGGUUGGUGUGCAAGUCGUGUUGUACACGGGAGCUGCUGGUCUACGUCCCAGAUAGUGACCACAACAGCAACGUCAGCUCCAAGGAAGCAUGCAUAUCUGUGAUAAAAGUCUUAGGGAGUCCAGAAAAGGAGCCAGAAAUUUCCCUGCUACUACAUGUAUGUGAACCAUGCCAUUUGUUUUUGGCUGACCGACAACUCUUAAGGGCAAAAAAGGACUUGUCAACCGAGCUCAAGGUCACACGUGAAGAGGUUGUAGUCAAGGUGAUGACCUGGGACCAGGCCAUGAAGAAGUUGCAAUUGAAAAUUACUGAACAACUAUUCCAGUACCAAGACACCAUUGAGAUGUUGGAAGACAGCCGUAAGUCCACAGGGGACCAGAGUAACACAAAGGUCCUAGCCAAAGCUCAGGGUGACUUGUCGGACCAUUUUGCAACAUACAGCCUCAAAAUUCCCUCAAUAAAAAAACUCCUGCCAGAAUGUGAAACAGAGACCCAGAGGAAGCUGGUCAAGGCUUUCCUUAAGGCAAAGAGCGACUUCUACCUGGACAAAGUCAGCAUGUUUCGUGCAUCCAGACGCAAACUGGGCGAGUCAACACCGGAAGUCGUCUUGAAACACAUCCAGAAUAUUGUCAAUAGAAAUGCUAUAGUAGCGGUUCAGGCCUAUAUGAAGCAGGUUACCAUGGAGACCAUACAUCUGUGUGGAAAGUACUCCUUCAACCACCAGGACCUCUCCCCAAUCCUCGUCAGUCUAUAUAAGGAUGUGGAAGAGGAGACCUGGUCUGCACUGACAUCACUUGGUGAAAACAUCGAGGAACAUGAGGCAGACCUUAAAAGGCUUGUUCAAACACAACUUAAGGAGCAUCGGCUGAUAAACCCGUCUGAGAGAAGAAUAAGGUCAGGGACACAGUAUGUGGCCGAGGUUGUACUGCAUCGUAUACUAAACGUUCUGGAGAAGUCCCAGGUACAGCUGGAAAUGAGUGCAGGACACAAAAGCUGCCAGAAAACCAAGGAUGCUCUUAGACUUGCCAGACAGCAAGUGCAACUGUUGACUGUUGAACAAAUCAUGAAAAACACGUGAUUAGUGUGACGUGAUUUAAAAACAUAUGAAAUUGAAGGAGCCAAUGGCUGGUUAGCUCCUGCAUGUAUAUAGUCCCUAGUGUAUGCUAUAAGGUAGAUGUCUAAACUGGCCCUGUUAUCAAUCAGAAGCAGUCUAAUCUGUCUUACAUUUCAGUGAUAUCAAAAGAAUGACAACAAAUGGCAGUUACCGAUACGUUCUGCUUUGACUUUAAGGACAUUGUAUAAUGUUUAAUUUGCACAUUAGUCUCCGCCAUUGUAACCUGUCUCUGCCUGUGAUUGUGUUUUGCCUCAGAACAAGCCUCUGGAAUAUCAUAAUUAGGUUAUUUAAAAAAAAAAUUAAAGGUAACAUAAUUGUAUGUCCAAUUUAUGAAAAGAUAAUAUAAAAAUUAAGCUCUUCUUUUUGUGUAGUUUCGUUAUUGAUUGGUUGUUGAUACAUAUUUAUUUAAUCAAUUGAUCACAAAAUAAUCAAAAUUUGAGUAUGCUAUGGGUGUAACAACAGAUCCGCCAAGUGCAAUAAAAUAUUAGCAGUGCUCUGGGUAAAACUGGCUUAACCCUUUGCAUGCUGGGAAAUUUGUCGUCUGCUAAAAUGUCUGCUGAAUUUCUAAAAUUAGCAUUUUCUUCAAUUUUUUUUAAAGAAUACUAUCAGAAUAGCAAACAGUUUGGAUCCUGAUGAGACGCCACGUUCUGUGGCGUCUCAUCUGGAUCCAAACUGUUUGCAAAGGUCUUCAAAAUUUGGUUCAAGCACUGAAAGGGUUAACCCUUUACAACUUAGAGACCUAUUUAGACGCAUUUGUAGUCCCUUAGAAAGCUACAUUUAAUUAAGACCUUUCUUACUAGAUUCAAGUUUUAAAGGCUUCAUUUCCAAACCUUAAAUACUGAUGAGCAGCAAACAGCCUAAAACUGUAACGCACUGCAAGUACUCACAUGCUGUUCUGGCUGUAUGCUGGUUGCAAAAGCCAUUUUCACUUUGCUUCUUAUGGGGGAAAGGGUUAAAGCAUGUGCAGACUGCAUAAGCUGAUCUUAGAUGAAACUUAACGCAUAAAGCAGCAUUUUCCCAGAGAACAGCUCAUUUUUAUUUUGGUUCACUAUAAAAUAUGGAUAUAUCUGAGCUAAAAUCAAAUUCUUGUAGAUAAAAAUUAUAAUUUAUAAUUUUGUCAUUCAUUUAAAAUGUGCUUUCUUUGUUUGUACAGGGAAAACUAAAUUAUAUAAUUUACAUAAUAAUUGUUGAUUUAUGUGGUUGUACAAGGUACUAAAGAAACAGUUACUAACACAUGAUGAAAUUGGGGCGUAAUGCAUGUGCUUAAAGUGUCGUCCCAGAUUAGCCUGUGCAGUCAGCCCAGGCUUAUCAGGGACAUAACUUUCCGCUUAAAUGGUAUUUUUGUUUGAAGGAUGUUUCUUCAUAGCGAAAAUCCAUUUCAUGAGGAAAGUUUUAUCCCUAAUUAGCCUGUGCGGACUGCACAGACUAAACUGGGACGACACGUUACACACAUGCAUUAAGCCCCUUUAUGUCAUAGCAUGGCUCAUAUAUUAUAUUUUUUAUUAUGUGCAAUAACUUACUUGAAUUGUGUCAGGCCUCAUUUGCUCACCCAAGUAUUAUAUACUUGUAAUUAUUUAAUUGUAUGUGAUUGUUAAGCAUUAUUAUCUGUGCAUUUAAUCUAUGUAUUUUUUACAAAUCUGUAAAGGUUGUUAAGUAGUACAUGUAGUUAUAUUUUUCUACAAUUAAGUGUUUGUGUUACGGACCUUUAAGAAUUUCAGGAGUGCAAUUUAAGAAGCAGCUCACUUUCAUACAGAACAGAUUUCCAUACAUGUUAAUGUUGUUACAUAAACUGGCUACUGAAGCUGGAUUGGUCAUUGUUGGCUAAGGUACUACUUUAAUGUACCCCAGGUACUCUUAAGUAUACUUAUGGUGGACGAACCAGUUAUCGAACACCUAAGAAAUUACGUUAAAUUACCUUAAAAUUGAAACACUUAAAAUGACAAAAACAUUUUGUUUUAACAAAUGACUAACAGUUCAAUCAUUGCAUGAUUUAUCUGUAAAGUUUUCCAGCAAACUACCUUCAAAAAUUCAUAACUAUGUUUCCCUGAUUAUUGUCACCUCUAGCAGACAAAACAAAAUGGCGGCCGAUGUAAACAUGACCUAUUACCCGACAUUUCAUAAAUACUGCUCCAGUAUAUACAAAGUCAAAUAACUAUCACGUGAGCCGGACUCGGCGAAAAAAUCUGCGUCUGCUGCAAUCAAAAUUGAAAACGGAAAUAUGCUUUUUGGUGUGUAAAUGCACGUUUUGAUAAAUGCAUUAAAAAAAGUAAUAGCAAAAAACACACAAAACGGUGUAAAUAACAAUAAAUGCAUUCCUUUAACCUGUUUUCGGCGCAUUUGUUACAAGCUAAUUAGGCAAGUAGGUCAUGGACUUCAUGUGUGACCAUUUGUUUAUCAAUGUGACGUCAUGCGCACUUUUGCGCAUGUGCAUACAGAACCAAAACAAAACGUCCGAUAAUAGGUGCUGUUCGAUAACAGGUACUUACACGAUAAAUGUACCCGGGUAUGGAAAAUAUACUAACACGUACCCGAGCAAAACAUGCCUCAACAUUCUUUUUUAGUAGGCGUUUUGAUAAUAGAGAUUUCAUUUUACAGAAUAUAGACAUUAAUAUGAACAUAAUUAAUUUGAAAACAAAAGCCGACAGCGACCAAUUUAGCGUUAGAAUUCCUGGGUUCGUUUCAGUAUAUUCUCCAUACCCAGGGUUAAUUUAAGUAAUACCCGAGCAGACAAUGACCAAUCGAGCGAUACUGAAAUACUUGAGUCAGUUGUAUUGCCUUUUUCUAUUUCAUUCUUUAUUAUACCCCAAUUACCAUUGGGGAGUCACUUUGUCGGUCUGUCUGUCCUGAUAAUUUCAUCCGAUCUUCACCAAACUUGAUCAGAAGUUGUAUGUAGAUGAUGUCUAGGUCAAGUUUAAAUAAUGGUCAUGCCGGGUCAAAAACUAGUUCAUGGGGUCACUUCGUGCGUUUUAAACUGAAAGUUUGUCCAAACCAAAACUAUGUCAUUUAUUGUUAGGUUUUAAAACGACUUGGAACGUUUGUUCACCAUCAUGAGUCAGUGUGUCAUGCGAAAGAAGUAUGUCGAUAUCUCCAAGGUUAAGGUCACACUUGGUGUUCAAAGAUCUCAAUGCCCAUAAAUGAGCUUGUCCGGGCCAUAACUUUGUCAUUUAUUGUGAGAUUUUAAAAUCAUUUGUUUAAUUUGUUCACCAUCAUUGGAUGGUUUGUCAUGCGAAAGAAUUACGUCAAUAUCUGCAAUGUCAAGGUCACACUUUUUAGUUCAAAGGUCAAAAAUGGCCAUCAAUAAUUUUGUCCGGGCCAUAACUAUGUCAUUCAUGGUGAGAGUUUAAAAUUUCUCCAUACAUUCGUUUAAAUUCAUUAGGUGGUGUGUCAUGCGAAAAAAGUAUGUCAAUAUCUCCAAGGUCAAGGUCACACUUUGAGUUUAAAGGUCAAAAUUGACCAUAAAUGAUCUUGUCCGGGCCAUUACUAUUUCAUUCAUUCUGAGAUUUUAAAAUUACUUAGUACAUUUGUUCACAAUCAUUGCACAGCGUGUCAUGCAAAAUAAUUACUUUGAUAUCGCCAAUGUCAAGGUCACACUUGGAGUUCAAAAGUAAAAAAUGGCCAUAAAUGAGCUUGUUCGGGCUAUAACUAUGCCAUUCAUUGUGGGAUGUUUAAAUGAUUAUGUACAUUAAUUUUGGUUCCAAAAUGGCCAUUAAUGAUAAUAACAUAAUAAUUCUUAAAAUUUGCCAUAAAUUAGGUUAUCUUGUUUUGUGAAGACAGCAUGCUAAAUAUUCUGUGUCAAUGCAGCAUGUGGGGUAUACGUCACGUCUGUGACAAAGCUCUAGUUUUAUCUGUACAUGAAAAAAGGUUGUCUGUGUUAAUAAACCUUGUUUUCAAAAUAAUUUUUCAUAGCAGGUAUAUUAUGUUUCAAUGUUUCUAUUUUAAAUAACAAUAAAACAGAUGACAAAGGAGAUUAAGAAUACUGGAAUAUCCGAUACAACUUUGCUAUGUUUUGAAUGGUCAAAAUCCCUAAAUCUGCAUUCUGGCAUUUCUCAACAUAGGUAAAUCAUAUUUAUGAGAAUCUUUUUUAUAAUGUGAUGACCUAACCAAUGCUGGGCAAGGCAUAAAACGUGUGAAGAUUUUUUAAUUCUAUUCUAAAUGUUUUAAUGAAAAAUUGAUUAUCUGUAUCUUAAAGAUGUUGUCUGUAAUAAUAAAUGGUGUUAUUUCAACAAAAUUUUUCAAAGCAGAUAUAUGUUUCAAUGUUUCUAGUUUAAAUUACAAUAAAACAGAUGACCAAGUAGGUUAAGAAAACUGGAAUAUGCAAUACAAGUUCGCUUUGAAUGGUCAAAAUCACUAAAUCUGCAAUUAAAAAUUCUGUCAUUUCUCAACAUAGGUAAAUCAUAGGUAAAUCAUAUUAUAAGAAUAAAUGUUUUUAAUUCAAAAUUGAUUUGAAGAUUAAAUGUCCUGAAUAAAUUCAUGUUUUAAAUUUUAUCAAAAUAUACAGUCGCGUCCGGUAAUCUUCGCAGUUACGAAUUUCGCAGACGACUUAUGGUUUUCUUUAGUGAUGAAAGAUGGAAUUUCACAUUUUUAAGAAUUAACGGUUUUAAAUGGUACGUAUUCCCUGCAUUUUACAUUUACAUUUUAACACGGGUUGCGUCAUCCCUAUACAUUGUACAUGUAUCGUAAACACUGACCUGCUUACGAUAAAUUCGAAAUGAAUCACAAAUUUCCUGCAGUCUUUAGCGUUUUCAUUCUUUAAAUUAAGAAUUCAUAAAUCUAACAUGUAAUUUAGCAUUCCAUUGCACAAUAUCCGAUCAGUUAUGGUAUUUUUGACCAUUAAAAACAUAUUGCAUCAUACGACAUUGUCAUCAUUUCCCGCCAUGCUGUCAAACCACAUUUGGUAUGAUCUCCGCAUGCGCAAUGGCCUAAUUUUGAUAUUUUCUGUAAAUUAUGGAAGCAUGAUCGAGGUAAAAUUAAACCUGUUAUGCAUACACAUUUUUUUCAUGCAUACCGGUUCUUUUUUAUUAAUUGUACACUGUUACUACAUUUGUUGAUUUGUAGUGAAAAAACACUUGUAAUCUACAUUAAAUUUGAAUGGUUUUACAAACUGAUUUUUAAAAUAAUUUUCUGGAAUAUUUUUGUCUCUGAUUGGACACCAUAUGUCUACAAUAUUUUGCCUAAAUGAGGUCAUUACACCAAGUGCGCAAGAUUACCGGACACUGUGCUAGUUUGAAAUGAGGUGACUCAUGUUUGUUUUGAAAUCAAAUCGGACAGUUCUUCACUUAAUUUAUCAGAUAUUUUUGUGUGAACUUCUUAUCUUCAUAUUUAGUGUAGACAUUGUGUUGUCAAUUUAUAAAAGAUCAUGUUUUUAAACCAAUUGACCCUUAACUGCGCAAGAUUACCGGACAGCAUCGUACUAAAAUAAUUAUUAAGUUUGUCUGAUGCUAUUGUUUGUAAGUGCCAUUUGUUGUGCCAUUAUUUGUUGCUGUGUUAUUCAGACCAUACACUAUAAAGUUGUAACGUUAUUUCAAAAUAGUAAAAUAUUGUUUCAAA